AUGCUUCCAAGGAUAAAAUGCAGGUUUGAGAAGGCAGAAAAUUCAAACUCCGAGGAAAAUAUUGAUAACCAUCAAGAUGAAGAAUUAACGGAACACGGAAAUAUAUCGAUGAAAAAAAUAAGGAGUGUGUUAUAUGAUGAAGCAAUGAAUUAUAGUGAAACAAAUACAUAUUAUAAAAGUUCAAAUAUUCAUAAUUAUAAUAAUAUAAAUGAAUAUAUUAAUUAUAUAAAAAAAUCGAACUAUACAAGAAGUUAUGAGCAAGAAAAUAUUUAUAAUGAAGCAUUACUUUUAUAUAACAAUCGAAAUGCCUAUAUAAGAAAUGCAUAUAGAAAUGAUGAAUAUUUAGAUAUUAAAAGAAAUUUAAAAAAAGGAGAAUAUUUUGGAGAUAAUGAUGAAGAUUAUUUAUUUGAAGAAACAAAUGAUGACAACCAAAUAAAUGAAUACACAGAUGGACAUGAGUAUGAAAAUGAUAAAAAUAAUUUUAAAAAAAAAAGAAUUGAAUAUGAACAUUUGUAUAAAGAACGUAAAAAAGAACGUGUUAUGAAAUUUUCUGAAAAAUAUGGAGAAUUAUUUUAUGAAGAAAAAGAUAAAAUAAUAUAUGAAAAUGCUGAUUCAAAUGAUAAACAUAAUAUUCGUAUGGGUGGACAUAUUCAAAAAAAUAAUCAAAAUCAAGGAUGUUCUACUAAUAUAUUAAAUGAUUUACUUGAGCUACAUAGUAUGGAAGAUACAGGUAGUUUUAGUGAUGAAAAAGAAACAAAUUUUUUAGAAACAUUAGUUAAGUUGAGAUAUACACCUGAACAAAUAUCUCAAUUAAGUGAUUUAUUUGAAAACCCUAGAACAUUAAAAAAUGUAAAUAUAAGUUUAUUAAAAUGGCUAUAUAUCCAAUUAGAUAGAGGUUAUUGGCUUGAACGAAUUUCACUAUUUUUAUUAGGAUUAGCAAUAUCUAUAGGAGUUGGAAAUAUUGAAACAAUAUGGUUAUUAAUGACAACAUGGCAUGGUGUUGUAUUUUUAUUACCUUAUACAUUAUGCUAUAUAUUUGUAUGUCAUCCAAUUUUAAUGUUUGAAUUAUAUAGUGGACAAUUAGUUAGGAGUUCAUCACCUUUUAUAUUUUACAAAUUAUUAAAGCCAUGUGCAUCUAUUGGAUUUGUAGCUUUAUUUUUAUGCUUAUUAAGUAGUUGUAUUCAUACAUAUAGGACAGCAGCAGAAUAUUUUAUAUAUUUGAUAAACUCAUUUAAACAUGAUUUGCCUUGGAAAUUAACUCAGAAUGAAGUUGAUUUUUGUACAAAAAUUAAAAAUGAUCCACUUACCUGUUUAAAAUAUAGACCAUUAUGUCUAUUUUCAAAAUCUAUUUCUUCUUGUGUACCUAAUAAUAUAGGAAAAGCUUUUUUAAUUUAUCAUGAUAAAUUUUUUCCACCUAAUAGCAAAUAUACAUAUUUAUUAAAUUUAAAUAAAAAAAAAAAUUCCAUUAAUAUUUUUUCAAAUUCAGAUUCCUAUAUCGAUAAAGAUACUUUUCUAUUUUUAUUAUUUUGCAAUUUGUUAACUACAUUUUUCCAAUUACUUGGUAUGACCAAUUUUGCCUUUUCAGUUGCCCUUGCCCUUUUACUUUUGGGUUUUUUAUCCAUCACAAAAUUUAUAGCUCUUUUCAAUUUAAAUAGUGUCAUGGAGGCCUACGUCUACAUUCUAAAAAUGUGGAAAUUCUCGUAUCUUUAUACUUAUUCCUCUAUAUGGUCUCAAUGCAUGAUGUAUGCCCUUUAUGAGAUGUCAAUUGGAAUGGGUAUUUAUUCUUCGCUCGCUACAAAAACUAGAAUUGGAUCGAAUUUGGCUGUCGAUGGGAAAGCUAUUGUCGUUGGAAAUUCUGUCAUCUCUGUCCUUGUAUUUUUUUCAGCAGUGGCAAUUAUUGGAUUCACAUCCAAAAUAAUGAACUCCACUUUUGUUGAGAUUCUUGAAUUUUCGAGAAAACAUUGUUCAUUUAUUCUUUUCCCUGUUGGCUUUUCGAAUCUUCAAAGGACAGAGAAAACAUUAUGUAUGUUAUACUAUGGAUCAUAUACAAUACUAUCAUGUGCUACACUUGCCAUUCAACGAGAAGUUUUUAUUAUAUCUAUAAAAGAUUUCAAAUUCAGCAAAAAUUAUAGCAAAAAAACAUUUGUUUUGAUGUUUGCAUUAUUAUUUUUUGUUUUUUCAUUUUUUAUAUCUACAAAAAAUUCAAAAGAUAUUAUUUGGUUUUUAUCAUUUACAAUUUCGGAUAAUGGAAGAAUUCUAGUUGCACUUUUGAUGUGCAUUGUUUUAGGAUGGCUAUAUAAUAUUGAACAUCAAUAUAAGCAUCUAACUUCGAAAAGCGUGUUGACAUUCAAUAUUACUUACUGGAUUUUGAAUAUUUUUUUCAGUAUUUUAUUUAACUAUUUACCUUACCAUGCAUAUGUAUUAUAUAUUGUCCGACUUAUAAUUUUCCUGUUUAGUACAUGUAUUUCUAUUACUGUUUUAAAAUCUCAAAUAAAUGAGAUGAGGGGUCAACAAAGGUACAUAUACAACAGUCUAACUUAUAAGGAGAUACUGUACAUACUGUAUAUAGGAAAUAUUGAGUGCUUAAGAAAAGAAAUUCAAAGAAUAAUAAGUGGAAAUGCAAUAAUAGGAAAUAUAUCUAUGAUGUGGUCUAUCUGUAUAAAAUAUAUUGGAACAUCUAUUUUAUUAUCAGCUUUCAUUGAAUUUGUUGAUGGCGUUUUUUAUAGUAAAGAAUUAAGAAUGAAAAUACAUGAUAUUCAUUAUGGAUGGAUUAUUUUUGCCAUUUCAGUUUGGAUAUUUAUUUUCCUUCUUAUAUUUUUAUUCCCUAUGUUUACAAAGACAUUUGAAAAUAUGUUUCUUAACAAAAACUAUUCUGUUGAUUUCAGUUUAUUGCCUUCAAAACCCCUAACCAAAAUACAUCCUUUCAAUUUUCUUUCAUAUUUUUAUGAAUUUGGAAAUUCAAGCAAAAAAGAAAAGAAUAAAAAAAAACGACAUAUGAUAUAUUGUACAUAA